AUGUCUGCUGAAGAAAAUAUCACUCGCAACCCUCCUGCUGACUGUACGGAUGAUACAUGUCCGAUUAAUUUUACAUCACAACCAACAUUAGACGCUGACAAGAAAGACUGUGCGAACGACCCCAUACUGUCAAGGAUAACCCUAUACGAUUGCAACGGAAACAAAGUUCCCACAAGUGAAGUAGAAAACAAAAUUAUUGGAUUCUAUGUGGGAGCUAGCUGGUGUCCGCCCUGUCGGUUGUUUGCUCCUCGUCUUUGCGCAUUUCUUGAAGACAAUAGAUCCUCCUUUGCAGUAAUUCAUGUUUCGCUUGAUCAUUCUGAAUCGGCGUUUGAAGAAUACACGUAUGCUAAGCCAUGGUAUAACAUUCCUUACGACUUACCGAUCCGAGAGUCGCUCGUUCGCGAGUGGAAGGUCUCAACGAUACCUGCCCUACUGAUUUACAACCCCAUGACUCACCAGACGAUCACCACAUGGGGACGAACAGCAGUGAUGAAAAAUCCUCAAGGGUGUUUAGAAGAAUGGAAACAGAAUAGACAUGGUGUUGGUUGGAUACAGCUGAUAAGAGGAAAUGAGAUCGCCGUUUUAAUAUGGGUUGGGCUGAUAUAUUUCUGUGCUUAUUAUAUAUAUCAGUUGUUCGUACUGUGA